ACUGAGAGGCGAUUUCAAUAGUGACUCCUUGGAUUCGAAGCUUCCAACAUGUCAAUCGAGCUACCGCUUCUUCUCGCCACAUUAACGAUCGUUUUCUACAUUUGGCAGAGACGGGUCUUUACUUUUUGGAAGCGCCAUGGUGUUAAAUACAUUCGCCCACUGCCCCUUCUGGGCAGCACCGGAGAAUUUCUUACCGCACGAGUUCCGUUCUUCGAGCAGAUCCAAAAGUUCCACGAAGCCCCUGGCUUCGAAACUGAACCUUUCGUAGGCGUGUACAUGGCUUAUCGGCCGGCUCUAGUUAUUCGCGAUCUAGAUCUGAUCAAGACUGUGAUGAUCAAGAAGUUUCAAUACUUCAACAACCGCGUUCUGCAGACAGACCCACACAGAGACCCCCUUGGCUUUAACAAUCUCUUCUUUGCUCGCAGUCCUGCGUGGAGAGAGUUACGAACUAGGAUCUCUCCUGCUUUUACCACAGGCAAGAUUAAGCAGAUGUAUCCUCUUAUGGUGAAGAUUGGAAAGAAUCUGGAAGACAGCGUGGAACGCCUGGGUAGCGGCUCGAACGUUCAGGUCAAGGAUCUAUGCGCCCGCUUCACCACCGACCUAAUAGCCACCAUAGCCUUCGGUCUGGAGGCCAACGCUCUGCAGAACGCAAAGAGCGAGUUCUUCUACCACAACAAGGCUAUCUUCACGAUGACUCUAGGUAGGGCCAUUGAUUUUGCCAUAAUUUUCAUGCUGCCGGCUCUGGCGCCGCUAGCCCGCGUGAAACUCUUUUCUAAGGAAACCACCAAGUUUAUCCGAACCAGCAUCAACUACGUACUGGCAGAACGCGAGAAGACUGGUGAAAAGCGAAAUGACCUUGUCGAUAUCCUUCUGGCUCUGAAGCGGGAGGCUGCCGCCAAUCCGGAGAAGUCGCAAAAGGCAAUCGAUCUAGAUUACCUGGUGGCCCAGGCGGCUAUUUUUCAGACAGCCGGGUUUGAAACUAGCUCCUCCACAAUGACGCUAACACUUUACGAGUUGGCCAAGAACGUGGCUCUCCAGGACCGCCUGCGGCAGGAAAUCGCCGACUUUUUCGGAGACGAGGAUCAUGUCAGCUACGAACGUAUUCAGGAGAUGCCCUACCUGUCUCAGGUCGUCAACGAGACACUGCGCAUGUAUCCGAUUGUGGGCUACAUUGAACGAGAAUGCUCUCAGCCUUCGGAUGGUGAACGGUUCACCCUUGAUCCAUUUCACAACAUGGAGCUGCCGCAUGGAAUGCCCAUCUACAUGUCGACCCUUGCGGUCCAUCGGGAUCCCCAUUACUGGCCAGACCCGGAUAAGUUCGACCCGGAGCGAUUUAAUCCGGCGAACCGCUGUAACCUCAACAUGGACGCCUACAUGCCAUUCGGCAUAGGUCCUCGCAACUGCAUCGGUAUGCGAUUGGGUUUGCUACAGUCAAAACUGGGGCUUGUCCACCUUUUGCGUCACAACCAGGUCCACACGUGCGACCAGACCGUUAAGAAGAUUGAGUGGGCUGCUACUAGUCCGGUUAUGGCCUCCAAACACGACAUUGUCCUUCGACUGGAAAAGGUUUUUAAUUAGUUGGCUUCUUGACAAAAUUAAUUAACAACGUAGGUGAAUUAAAAUUAUUUUGUUGUAAUUAAAGAAACUGGAAUCAAAAGAAGAGUCGCUUUACAGUAGUGCCUUACAGCUCUUUGGGAACAUAGCGUAGGACUAAUUCUUCAAACUUUGUAUACCCGUCACUGGUAGAGCAUAUGGUAUACAGUGCUGCCAUUUUGUCUUUUUCCGGACAGAUCUGUCCUUUUUAUACCCGUUAAGGGUAUACUAGAUUUCUCUGAAAGUAUGUAAUAGGAUCUUGAUCAGGAUCACUAGACGAGGCGAUCUGGACAUGUCCGUAUGUCCGUCCGUAUGAACGCUGAGAUCUCGGAAACUAUAAAGGCUAAAAAGUUGGUAUUUGGCAUGCAGCGCAAGUUUGUUUCAGCAGGUUACUAGCACCACAAUUUUCGAAUAUUUUUGAAAAAUGUAUAUGAGAUUUUGUUUUGAUUAUUAAAAUUUAUCUACAUGUUCAAUUCGGACCAUUCAUUAAAAGCUAUAAGCAAAUCAAUUGUACAGUCUUGGGAACAGACGCUUUGCUACUUGUAUAAUAUACAAUGUAUACCUCUAAUGGGGCCCUGCUCGACUAUAUUCAAAACCGUGUGUGGAUAUCCAAACAAGUUUUGAUUUUAUUAGUUCCAAAUCAAUUUCUAUUUUAAGGUCGUCAUUAUGGUUAAAUAUUCGCCGUUCGAUUUAAUAUAAGGACAUUAAUAUGAUCCAAGAUAAGGACAUUGCCAAUCGUUACCAUAUUGUUAUUAUGAGAAUUCUUUGCGGGACUCGGACGAAAUUUUUAUUGACGCACAUGUUUUCCUUAAAAAGAUUUCUGUGUGACUCCCAAAAAAGUAAUAAAUAAAAGUAA